UUGAGACUCGUUUCCAAGUCACUACUCUUGAUAGGUUUUCCGCGGGGUUGGAGGAGGCCGUGGUUAUCCGGCAAAUUGAUGUCUGGUGACUCUUUCACUUCUCGAAUAGAUGGAAGACAAACAAAGUGGCCCAACAAAUGCUGAGUUACCAAAAGAUCAACUGGAAAGCAAAGACUCAUGUGGUGAUGAAUUACAGUCUGAUGGAGAUGGUGAAGAAAAGCCAGCAGAAGGAAAUGGCUUUGUAACACAGUUAGCAGACAGUCAGUCUUUAAGUUCAGAAGAUUCAUCCAAGAAUGAUGGUUUGAGGAGCAAAAUCCCUCGUGUCAACUGUCCAGAGCACAUUAUAUUAUGUUUGGAUGUAUCAUCAGAGAUGAAGUCAACAUCAUUUCAAAAUAAAAGUGUUUCAGAUAGGACAGCAUUUCAGCUGGUCCAAAGGGCAGGAGAAAUCUUUGUGAAGACCAAGUCAAAACUGAAUGCACAGCACAAGUUUUGUGUUGUUGGCCUGGAUGAUAUUCCAACUUUUCAGAAUGAUUUCACCAGUGAUGUGGUAAAUAUCUGCAGCAUGCUAAACCUUCUUCAUCCAGUAGAUGAACUUUCAACAGAUGGGGAAUAUGACAUGGCAAAGUUAUUUGAAGCAAUACAACAAAAUGUUACUUUACCACAUGUAGAAGACAUAUCACUGCCUCCUCCAUAUGUUGUACGACUUAUUAUAGUGUAUGGACGAUCUUACUGCAUACCAGUCAUGUCUACAAGAGCAAAGGAGAUAUUUUCACAACUGUCUGCCUGCCCAUAUUUCUUUCUUGAUGUUCUUUAUGUUCAUGAGCUUCCAUCUGAAAUGAAUCUGUGUAAAGAAAUAUAUGAUAUUUUCUGUGACAUGGACGAAGAAGAAGAUGGGUUUAUGUUGGAAGUAUCACGCAGUACAACGCGGCUGUUUGACCAUAUGGCAGCAUUGGUGGCACAUCCGUUACAAAGACCUAAACAACGCGAUACAUCUUACACCCUGACAUUAAGAGAAGAUUAACCACGAACUAUAUUUCAAUCAGGACACUUCAGUGCUCUAGUGAAGUGAUACGAAUUAAUCCAAUUAUUUUGUAAACAGUUUUUAGAAUAUAUAUUAAUACGGACCUUCCGUCAUAGCACAGCGCUCCAUCCACGAAACAAAACAAAUCUGACAAUAUUUACAGGAAACUUGAAUAUAGUACACGAUAUCAUCACAUAUACAGUGUUUGCACUGAACUCUAAUUAAAGGGUUUCACACAUUGAUAUUGUGAAAUACAUCUGCACAACUCUUCCUUUGAAACCAAUCACUGAUCAAAGACAAUUUUCCAAGUGGUGUGUGAUUUGUUCCUCAGAGAUUAACUGGAACCUGUUACUGUUCAGUCAAAGUGUUUCAGUUGUACUUUGAGUAUUAAAGGUGUUAAUGUGAGGAUCGUGCCUAUCAAUGCAUAACAUAUUGUGUUAAUUGAUGUUGUGUAUCCUUUGUUUCUGAUUAAGACAUAAGAAUGUUAUCACUUAAUUA